AUCUCACUGUGCACUAAGUAGGGAUUGAAAUAACAGAGUUUCUCACCUUAUCUAGUGCAUUUGGUCUGGCGUGUGGCGGUUUUAGGGACGCGCCCGCUGAUUAAACGAGACACCGAGGUGGUGAAGCGGUUUGCUCGGGUUUUAAGUGAAUAAUGUUAUAAAGGAAGAUGUUUAUGGAUCUCCGUGUCUGAGGCUCUUCAUCACAGUGCCAUGGCUCCAGCUGGCCUCCUCCCGUUUCUACACCGUAUCAGGACUCUGAACUCAGUUAAACAUUCCUCCCAAAUCCUCCUCAGGACCAGCACACAGUUGCAUCAUGGACCCGUCAGCGUCCUGUUCCACCAGAGGAACGUGUCUACAGAGGAGGCUUUAAGCCACAGAGUUUCUGAUCUGACGGUCAGAGAGAGGACAGUGCUCGAGCGGCUCUACGACGGACUGGUCAGGGGUCAGAGGUCAUCUCUGGCUGAGAGUAUAACGCUGGUGGAGACGCAGCAUCCUCGGAAGAAGGAACUGGCCCAGGUGCUGCUGCAGAGGGUGCUGGCGUACCGGCAAGAGCGCGAGAGGAUCGCGGGAGGGAAACCGGUGGCCUUCAGAGUGGGUUUGUCUGGUCCUCCCGGCGCUGGGAAAUCCUCCUUCAUUGAAGUUCUGGGGAAAAUGCUUACAGGAAAAGGCCACAAAGUGUCUGUGUUGGCUGUGGACCCUUCCUCAUGCACUACAGGAGGCUCACUGAUGGGGGAUAAGACACGGAUGACGGAGCUCUCACGAGACAUGAAUGCCUUCAUCCGACCAUCACCAUCCUCGGGCACGCUCGGUGGGGUGACGAGGACCACCAAUGAAGCCAUAGUCCUGUGUGAGGGAGCAGGAUAUGACAUUGUGCUGGUAGAAACCGUGGGUGUUGGACAGUCUGAAUUUGCUGUGGCUGAUAUGGUGGACCUUUUUGUCCUGCUGAUUCCUCCAGCAGGAGGAGACGAGCUACAGGGGAUAAAGAGAGGUAUCAUUGAGAAAGCUGACCUGGUCGUGGUCACGAAGUCGGACGGUGAUUUGGUCGUUCCGGCACGCAGGAUUCAAGCCGAGUACACAAGUGCAUUGAAGCUGCUUCGAAAGAAAUCCAAAACCUGGACACCUAAAGUGGUCCGGUUAUCCGCUCAGACAGGACAGGGUGUACCCGAGCUCUGGGACGUCAUGCUGCAGUAUCGGGACGUCAUGUUGUCCAGCGGUGAGCUGCAAACCCGCAGGCGUGAGCAGCAGAAAGUCUGGCUAUGGAGUCUGAUCCAGGAAAACGCCCUGCGCCAUUUUCAGGAACAUCCAGAGGUUCAAGCGGCACUGCCCGAGCUGGAGCGCAGGGUGGCACAAGGAGACGUCUCUCCCGGACUGGCAGCCGACCUCCUGCUAAGAGCCUUCAGGACCACAAAGUAACACAAAGCCCAUUUCAUACAGAAGUGAUGAAUAAAUCCUGACUCUGGUUUUACUGGUUUAGCUUCAGUAUUUGGGUUGAUGUAAUCGCCGUGCAGAUCUGAUUGAGAUCAUGAAGCAGAGGUGGACAAAUCAUCAUAAAAGUAGCAAAAGCGUAAGUGUUAUGCCUACGUCAAUGUGUUGGCCUAGAAACCUAACUGAUAAGGCUAAAAAGGUGGUAGCUAGCAAUGUUAUAAUAAAAGGUGAGCUAGAAAGAUUGGUUACAGUGGAACCUCGUCAUACGAAUGCCUUAAAAAUUGAAAUUUUGCAAGAAAUUUGCACAGGCAUAAGAACCAUUUUGGGCAUACAAACAAAUCGAACCCAAUGGCAGCUAAGUUGCGCGUAUGUCCGGGAGUCAUUCAAAACUUGCAUUUGCGUGGUCUGUUCUAUUUUUAGACCAAGCUUGGUGGCACGACUUCCUGUGAGGACUCUUGACAUGGAACGCUUGGAUUGGGUCACUUCUUUGCUUCGUAUUGGUAAUAUUGGUAAUUUUUUGUGGUGGCUGGAACAAAUUAUCUGCAUUUACAUUAUUUCUUACGGGAAAAUUCAUUUAAAUCCCUGCAAAAGAGACAACAUGGUCAUAGUGAUUAUCCUUUUCUUUAAGUUUCUAACAUAGCAUCUUGUUUCGUUGGUCGUUGGCCAGUGUUUUCACACUGCACAUGAAAGCUAUUCAGUCAAGUAUGAGUCUUUAUUUUCUCUUGAUAUUUUUUGACCUUCUGUUUGUUUCACUAGGAGGAGAGUUAUAUGUGUGUAUGAGUAUGUCAGAUAUGCCCCUCGCUUUAUUUUGCUUCAUCUGCACUGAAUUUUCACAUACCCUCCAUUUCCUAAUUCUUAAAAAGUUUGUACUUAUGUCAUUGAUGCACAAGAAGUAAUCCGCCUUGAUGUGUCCAUUGUAGAUGAAGGUGGGAUUCUGGACACAUAGCGUACGCUGUAGUUGCAGCAUAGUUACACCACCACGGAGAAAGUUAUGUUUCAAUAAAUAACAGCUUUUGUUUCAUGAAAUCCAGUAGCAAAUAGGGAUUUAACUUUUAUUCUUUGUUAAAUGAGACAGAAAAAGCUCUGCAGUCUGCUAAUCUACUGACCAUACAUUUCCAACAGGUGACUAUGAAUAAAAAACAAAUAGCGAGGUAAUCAUCUUGUCUCGGAUGCUCGGGAUACUGAUUUGUCCACCCUGCCCUGAUAGACUGGUGAGGUAUGUUUUGUAACUUUGCAGCAUUACAGUGUCUGUAAAAAUGGAGAUAUCUCUUGGACAGCUCACGUUAACAUAAUCCAGAUUCAAACAUAAUCCUUUCACCUGAAGAGCAUUUUAUAAACGUCUAUCCCUCCAGUGUUGACACUUUAUAUCAUAUUUGUCAUAUGUGAAGUAAAAUGAAUGAAUGGGUGAAAUUUAAUAUUUAACAUAGUUCUCUGAUUAUUGCUUUAUAUACCGUAUCAGAAACUUUAUGUCGGGUUUUAAUGAUUGCUGUAUUUUAUUUUUAUUUUAUUAAAAUAAAUUUUUUUUUAUUUUAUUUUAUUUUUUUAUUUUAUUUUAUUUUAUUAUUUGACCAAGAUGAAAAGGUGUAGAAGUGAAUUAAAUAAUAAGUUCAAAUGUUCUAUAAUUUGAUCCUUUUUUAUCCAGGGUAUUAAUACGCAUUAUUCAAAUAGCAUGCUAUAAAUUAAUUCAUAAUCAUCAUCAUGAUCUCUUUUUUCCACCAUUCUCGUCUCAAGAGGUUUGUCACAUUUUCUUUUCAGCACUGAAGCUUGGUAUCUUUUGAAAAGAUGAAAAUAAAUAGAGGGCUAAUCGUCCUUGAAGAGGUUUUUCUUUAAAAAAGGAUCCUAUCCACUACAUUUUAUAUAGUGUGUGUGUGUGUGACUGUCGGUGUUUAUAAACACUGGUCACUGGUACGUUAACACCGUUGUUGCAUGUUUAAAGCUGACAACCAGCGUUAAAGGUGCUGUUUGUCACUUUUACAGCCCUCUGCUGCCUGUGAGGUGAGUUUCUGUUGCAAUCAAAACAUCACCGAUCGUUCUAGUCUCCUCCGUUUCCCCAUUUGAUUCUCUUGAUUUCUUAGCUGCUGUGUUUUCGAAGGGGGCGGAGCUAAUUUCCGGGCCAGAAAAAUGUGAACAAGUGAUCAGUAUUGUUAUUUAUAUGUGUACAAAGACUUCACACAUGCACUAUUGUGCUGAUAUCUAUUAUGCUGUUAUAAUCUUUUUGAUUAAUAAAGUUGAGUGCAAAAGUUUGUACAC